UUUUUAAUAACACUCUGUGUGUUGGGGGUUCGGAGCGAUUGUCGGCUAACUCGGUUCAUAGUGGAAAACACAAAUCGCAUAUUUACCUAUCGCGAUGAUAGCGGUUCUUAUCAGCUGCUGCGCACAGAGCUCGUGCCCAGCGGGAUGAAGCUGUCCAUGUUCUGCGAUGUCAACAAUGUGCUGGAGACACAGUGCCAGGACAAUGGCGAGUUUACAGUGGCGCUGCCCAUGACCUGUGGAUCGCCAAUGGAGCCGCAUGUUACCAAAAGUAAGGACGCAGCAUGCCCCAAAACGUUGUAUAUUGUGGGCUAUGUAAUUGAGGGUCAGCAGCUGGAGCUCUAUCGCUCCUGCUAUGAUGAGAAUAAUGGGCGCGUGUUGUACAGUCAAAGCGAUGUCUACUUCAAGACCUUCUUUUUCAGGCCGCCUUUUGUGCAAUUCACGACGGAUGAGAUAGUCACCCCCGCAGAGGCAGCUGCUUAUUUCAAGCAUAAUAUUUAUUCAGCAUUUCAAAGAACUUUCGGCGAUGCCCAAGAGUAUUUGUCGUCGCCGAACGACCUGGUUAUCAAUCGUGGACAUCUUGUUGCCUCCGCUGACUUUCUAUUUGUCGACCAGAUGUCCAGCACAUAUCGUUAUCUCAAUAUAGUACCGCAGUUCAAAAGCAUCAACGAUCAGAACUGGGAGAAAGUUGAGCGCUGGCUCCGCAGUCAGGUGCCAGCCAACAGCCCGUUUCGCAUUAAAACUGGUGGCAUUAAGGUGCUCAAACUACAAGAUGUUAAAGGCGACUAUUAUGAUAUCUAUUUGUCUGAGUCGAAGCUACCAGUGCCCAAGUGGAUCUAUAAGGUUGUACGAGACCACAACGGCAAUGGCAUCUAUGUCUUUCUCUCCUUUAACAGCACAUUUGAGAGGAGCAGGCCUCAGGCUCCCGAUCUGUGCCAGCCCAUUCCAUGCCCAUUUCACCUGUCCGACAAUGCUAACGAGGGCUUCAUAUACUGUUGUGAUCCCAAGCGCUUUCCAUACUGACAUUAUUUAACUUAUUAUUGCAUUUACUAUAACAUUAAUUUAGCAUAGCCAACUGUUACAUUCCUUGAAUUUGCUCGAGUUGGAAUGGUUGGAGCAGACCACAGCAACCCUCAACUAAUGGAUGUCUGAUGGAUCUCCGAUCCCUUCAAGCACGUACUCUUUUUGAUCAGCACCAAAAGUUGGUGGAACACACAAACUCCAAAUUUAGUUCAGCUCAAUAAUCAGCAAUGCUAUUUAGCCUCAUUUCUUUGACUAGUUACAGUUUGGGGAGUUCAUUUUACCUUAAUGCAGACUAAAUAAAUGAAACAAUUGUGGGGUUUUUUUUUUGACAGUCCACUCUUGGAAAACACUUUAUUGCUUCUAUCACAUAUUAUGGAUAAGCUUUGUAAAAACAAUAGAAGUUGUUUGGUUGUUAGCUGAACUCUCUCAUAUGUUGUUCAAUGUGGUACUGCACUUAGACUGCGCUAGUUAUCAAUAGCUAUAUAUA